GGUUGUAUAAAUGUAACAACAAUGGGUCAAGAACGUGAUGGAAGAGAUGAAUUGAUAUGUAGAACUAUGGAGAAAUAUGAAUUAGAUGUUUGUGCAAUAAGUGAAACAAAAUGGAGAAAAUCUGGUAAAGUGAAAAUAGGAGAUUAUAUGGUAUACUAUUCGGGUGUGAAAGAAGAAGAGAAAAAGUAUGGAGGAGUUGCGGUCGCAAUACGUAGUAAGUUGGUAGGUUGCGUUACAUCAUGGCAACCAAUAGAUGAACGAAUAAUGUGGUUAAGCUGUAGUGCCAAGAAUGUAUCGGUGACGUUUGUGAGUUGUUAUGCUCCAACUAAUGAAGCCGAUGAUAAAUCCAAGGAAAAAUUUUACCAAACUUUGGAUCAAGUCGUCAACGGAAUACCAAAGCGUCAUAUGCUGGUAAUAAUGGGUGACUUUAAUGCAAGAGUGGGUGAUGAUUAUGAAACAUGGAAAGGGGUAAUGGGAAAAUGUGGAAUUAUUGGUGAAGAGACAACAGAUAAUGGUCUAAGACUUCUGGAAUUCUGUUUGGUGCAUAAUUUAAGUGUUACAAGUACAUUCUUUAGCCAUAAGAAUGUACACAAG